AUGUUUCCUGCAAAACCCACUUCCAGAUUCAUACUUUUCACUCUCACCAUCCUCUUUUUACUCACCUGUACCAUCUUUGUCACUGCCAAUGAAGACCCAACCGUUGAAACUGAUAAUGAUGGCGUCGAUAAUGAUUUACAAGAAUUGAUAGCAAUUGACGAGCAAGGAGGAGGAGGAGGAGCAGCAGAGCAGAAGCAAGGUGACCAACAGAAGGAGGCUGAGGUAUUGUCCAAAGCACAAAGGAUAGUUCUUGAGCUAAACAGUGAUAAUGUGAAAAGGGUUAUCGAUCAGAAUGAGUUUGUGUUGAUUCUUGGAUAUGCACCUUGGUGUGCAAGGAGUGCCGAGCUUAUGCCUCAAUUUGCUGAGGCUGCUAAUAAGCUUAAGGAGUUGAGGAGUCCUGUCUUGAUGGCUAAACUUGAUGCUGAAAGGUACCCAAAAGUUGCUUCAACUCUUGGGAUCAAAGGGUUCCCUACUCUGCUUCUUUUUGUCAAUGGGACCUCGCAGGUUUACACUGGUGGAUUUUCUGGGGAAGAUAUAGUGAUCUGGGCUAGGAAAAAGACAGGUGUGCCUGUUAUUAGGAUAAGUUCAAGUGUCGAGGCUGAAGAUUUUCUUAAGAAGUGUCAUAUGUUUGUUCUUGGUCUUUUUGAUAAGUUUGAGGGACAUGAUUAUGAAGAAUUUAUAAAAGCGGCAACCACAGACAAUGAAAUCCAGUUUGUUGAAGUGAGCAGCUCUGCUGUUGCUAAAAUUCUCUUCCCGAAUAUCAAUGCUACAGACCAUUUCAUUGGAAUUGUUAAAAGCGAGCCUGAAAGAUACACAGCUUACGGAGGGAUCUUUGAGAAGGACACAAUAUUACAGUUUCUGGAAUAUAACAAGUUUCCCCUUGUUACCAUGCUUACUGAGCUGAACUCUGCCAGAGUUUAUUCCAGUCCUGUCAAACUUCAGGUUAUUGUCUUUGCAGAUGCUGAUGAUUUCAAAAAUCUUAUUCAGCCUCUUCAAGAGGUUGCCAGGAAGUUCAUAUCAAAGAUAAUGUUCAUAUACAUAGACAUAGCAGAUGAAAACCAAGCAAAACCCUUCUUAACAUUAUUUGGGCUUGAAGAUUCUGAAAACACUGUGGUGACUGCUUUUGACAACGGUAUGAGCUCAAAGUAUUUGUUAGAGUCCAAUCCAACACCAAGCAACAUCCAAGAAUUCUGCUCAAGGCUUCUGCAUGGUAGUCUGUCACCUUACUUCAAAUCACAACCAGUACCUGAUAAUGUGAGUUCAUUAACUUUAUUUAAAUUGGUUGAGAAAGAGAAAAUUGUCCAGAUCGUUGUAGGGAAGACUUUUGAUGACUUGGUUUUGAGCAGUCCCAAGAAUGUACUCCUAGAGGUAUAUACACCGUGGUGCAUCAACUGUGAGACUACAAGUAAGCAGGUCGAGAAGUUGGCUAAGCAUUUUAAAGGUCUAGACAAUUUAGUUUUUGCAAGGAUAGAUGCUUCUGCAAAUGAACAUCCAAAACUUCAGGUGGAUGACUAUCCAACGCUUCUAUUUUAUUCAGCGCGGGAUAAAGCAAAUCCGAUCAAGCUUUCAACAAAAUCCAGCUCAAAGGACUUGGCAGCAGUCAUCAAAUCUCAUUUGACAGCCAAAGAGGAAGUCCCCAGAGAUGAACUAUAG